ACAAGAAGAGCUUCGGCAGAGGAGGAGGAGGAGGAGGCCGACGGGGGCAGCGGGUUAGACGGGCCGAGCGACCGACCGAGCGACCGACGGACGAAGGAAUUCGACGAGAGCGCGGAGGAGGAGGAGGAGGAGGACGACGAUCCGAGGAGGAGGACAGCGUCAACUCUCUGUGCUCGUAGAGGAGUACAAACAGGACACUCGCGCCAGGAAUCUUCUCAUUUUGCUCGAUCCAGCUGGGGGCGACAGCAGCAGGAAGAGGAGGAGGAGGAGGAGGAGAACAGGGGCUGGGAUGGAGAAUUGGAAUCAGGGCGAGAGACGAUGAUGAGGCGAUUGUGAUGCAGACAGCGGGGUGGGGGAAAGGCACAUGAAAAGGUGGGGAAAGCUUUGGCCUGGGCCAGUAAGACGGAGGAGCUCGGCAGUGCCUAGGCGCCGGCUAUGAGUCGAAUUGUGCCUCGCUCCGUCGCCUCCUUGUGUCGACAUUACCGGUCGCGCAGGAUUGCGACGCCGCCAAUCGGGAGCAAUGAGAGACUGAAUGCGAGAGGAGUAGGCGUGCGAGCUUGGGCUGGGGUGGGGGGUCCCGAUGUAGUAGCGCUGGGUGAAUCUGCAGUGCAGUUCCAUUCGUCUGCCAAUGCAGGUCCAAGAUUACGAGCUCAACCUGUUAACAGUGAUGAUCCGGACUUCGAUCCCUCAGAGGCGAGAACUCCCCCUUCGGAAAAGAUCCUUCGACUCGUGGACGAAAUUUCGUCCCUCACGCUCUUAGAGGUUUCGGAUCUGACCACUCUUUUAAAAAAAAAAUUAGGUUUGCCUAACAUGCCCAUGGGAGGCAUGAUGAUGGGCGGCAUGAUGCCCGGGCAAAUGCCUGGAGGAGGUGGCGCCGCCGCAGCAGCUCCCGAGGAGAAGAAGCCCGAGAAGACAGUUUUCGAUGUGAAGCUGGAGAAAUUCGAAGCAGCAGCGAAAAUUAAGAUCAUCAAGGAAGUGAGGACAUUCACGGCUCUGGGUCUGAAGGAGGCCAAAGAGCUCGUGGAGAAAAUCCCUGCCGUGUUGAAGAAGGGCGUGACCAAAGAGGAAGCCACUCAAAUUAUUGAGAAGAUCAAAGCUGUGGGAGGUACUGCUGUCAUGGAGUAGUCAUCUGGAGUGAAGAGUUCGCGUCGGCCUUCCCUGGGCUCGCCCACCAGCUGCCUGCCUAAGUCGUUGAGGUUUUGCCGGUCGCAGUCUCUUUGUUUGUGCCUCUCUGUUCAGUGCAGUCUCACAUCGCAUCGUUUCUUCUCUCGCACCAUUUCUUGAUGUUCUCGUUUCUGGUUUGUCUGAAGCUCUCCCGGGCAAGCUCCUCUGCUGCUCAGCACUGGUUAAAUCACAUUGCUUUGGUGCUAAAGAUAAGUAGUAUGUUUGCCGUGUGGAUGAGCCUCAAUCGGAGCAGCUAGGCCACCGUGAGACUUGCCGAUCCGCUUCAGAGGCGGAAGUGGAUUUUGGCUCUCCGGGCACGGUUUUGUAGAACGACGAAGGGCUAAUCUGAGGAUCAACUCACCCUUUAGGACCAGUGAGAUGCGCAGUUGCCGAAGAUGACUGUCAUCAUCUCUUGAAUUGUUAGGGCUAGCAAGGCCAAGUGAUAUCUUGGUAGCAUGCUGAGAUUUAAAUUUAAAAGGCACACUUCAU